AUGUCAGUGGACCUUUUUUAUGCUUGGCACCGGAACAGAUUCAAUGAGCGUCUUCUCAACGAGACUGUGGAAAAAGGGAAUCGACCCGAACUUGAUGUUUCAGAUGAUGAAUUUGUUCCUCGACCUCAAGUUGUUGCAUCAAGAGAAAUUGGGCAGGGUAUCAUAUACGUUAAUGUUCUGGAUCCCGAAGAGUUUGGUGAAGCGUUUGAAAAAGCCCUUAACUCUGUCUUUGAAGAACAUAUUUCUUUUACAAAACAAAUGGUGUGGAAAAUCUUGGACACAUCAAGCAAUUCAAAAUGGGAGAAAGCUCUGGAUGCCUUUCAAUGUGCUGCAAAACAAAAUAUGGAAACCCACCGGUUAUUUUUUAUGAUAAUGUUAGCCGAUUGGUUGACAAAUAUCAAAAAAUAUGCCAAGGAUAAUGCUGAUAGCAGAAAAUAUGUUGCGGCAUUUGUCAGUAGUGAAAGGUGUUCUUCAAAGAAUGGAAUGUAA